CUGCACGUUUUACGCGCAAACUACCAGGCAGCAGUGUGGAGAAGGGCUGUGCUUGCAACUGCACAUAUACCGUCACCUGAUGGCCAUGGAUGGGAAGUGACCGACGGCAAUAUAAAAAUUAAAUGGCUGGGUUCAAAGCCCGCACCCGAAGAGGUCCUUGAGAUGCUGUCGUGUGUGUGCAAGAAGACAUGUACAAUUGAUUCAUGCUGCUGUUUGAAAGCUGGCCUUAAAUGUACAGAUAUGUGCUUAUUAGCGUGUGAACACAUGGCAAGUGAAGAUGACAUACAGGAUGAUGAUGACGACGAUGAAGGCAUUGACUAA